AAAUUCGGAAAACAAAAACAACUCUUUAUGUGAGUUUUUUCCGGAAUCGAUUUUUUGUGAAAAUUUUAGCUUUUUGUUCGUAAAAUGUCGGAAAGAAAAGUGUUAAACAAAUAUUACCCGCCGGAUUUCGACCCGUCGAAAAUCCCGCGCGUGAAACUUCCCAAAAACCGGCAGUACACGGUCCGGUUGAUGGCCCCGUUCAACAUGCGCUGCGUGACCUGCGGCGAGUACAUCUACAAAGGCAAGAAGUUCAAUGCCCGCAAGGAAGAUGUGGAAAAUGAAGACUACCUCGGUAUCCGCAUCUACCGGUUCUACAUCAAGUGUACGCGGUGUUUGCAAGAAAUUUCCUUCAAGACCGAUCCGCGGAACACGGACUAUGAAAUCGAGGCCGGAGCUACGCGUAAUUUUAUGGCACUGAAGCUUGCCGAAGAACAGGCACGCCGGGAGGAGCAGGAAGUACGGGAAGAGGAAGCCAACAAUCCGAUGAAGCUCCUCGAGAACCGAACCCAACAGUCGCGGAACGAAAUCGAGCUGCUCGAGUCGCUGGAAGAGCUGAAAGAUUUGAACCGUCGACAGCAGGACAUCGACUACGACAGCAUGUUGCAGCAAUAUGACCCCACGGAGAGUAUCCGGGAACGGGAGGAGCGAAUGGAGAAACAGGAUGAAGAGUUUAUUAAGUCUAUUAAAUUUCAAAACAAAACCGGUGUCAAGCGGAUAGCGACGGAGAUUAUCGUCGAGGACGUGAAGGAAGAGGAACCGGACGACCAACCAACUGCCUCAUCGAACGCUUCAAGAGCGAACACAUCUACCUCAUCGGCGCCUUCUAUCAGCAGUGCCAGUGCCGCUACGGCUACGCUAACAUCCAGCGUACCAUCUUUUGCCACAUCGAAGGCUCGCAAGCUGGAUAGUUUCAGCAUCGGAGUGAAGAAAUCAUCCCUGAGCAAUCUGAUUGUGAAGAAAAAGCCGGUCACGGUGGAUGCGGGGAAAGAGAUGCCACCUCCUAAGGCACCACCACCAGUACCAGCAGCCGACAAGCCAGUCGAGGUCGAGGACAAACCCACUGCUGCUAAACCAGUAACCACGCCCGCUGUUGCUGGUGGUGGAGGUGGUGGUAUCGGAAGUCUGGGACUGCUGGGAGCUUACUCAGAUUCCGAGAGUUCGGAUGAAAACUAAGUUCAAACCCGCAAGCUUACUGCUUUGUUGGCCAGGAUGUUGAAUAAUAAAUGCUUAACGU